UUCCUUAUUUUUGGUUGACGCAAUGCACACGAUCAGAAUCCUCUCCCGUUAUUAAUACGCGAACAACUCACUGCUCUCUUUGCAUCGUUUCCCGCUGGCAGAUCAUCUCUCUCUCUCGUUCAUCUAACAAGCAGCCGAAGCAGCAGAGGAAGGAGACGACCGGAGACGAACCCAUGGCGGAUCAGCUCACCGACGAUCAGAUCUCCGAGUUCAAGGAGGCCUUCAGCCUCUUCGACAAGGACGGAGACGGUUCCAUCACAACCAAGGAGCUUGGGACUGUUAUGAGGUCACUGGGGCAGAACCCAACUGAGGCAGAGCUUCAGGACAUGAUCAAUGAGGUUGAUGCUGAUGGUAACGGUACCAUCGAUUUCCCAGAGUUCCUUAAUUUGAUGGCUAGGAAGAUGAAGGACACUGACUCAGAGGAGGAGCUCAAGGAAGCUUUCCGAGUUUUUGACAAGGAUCAGAACGGCUUCAUCUCUGCCGCUGAGCUCCGCCAUGUCAUGACAAACCUGGGUGAGAAGCUCACUGAUGAGGAAGUCGAUGAGAUGAUCCGCGAGGCUGAUGUGGAUGGUGAUGGCCAGAUCAACUAUGAGGAAUUCGUCAAAGUCAUGAUGGCCAAAAGGCGGCAAAGGACGAACGAGGCCGGGGGACACGAGAGAAUGAGCUCUCGAGACGACAAAGGAAAGAAACGAUGCCGCAGGAUUUGGGACUGUUCGAUCCUCUGAAGACACCCAACCCCAGUCCCUAGCUUCUCCGUCCUUGCACAUUUCAUUGCGUAGGGCAACAAUGUUAAUUACUAGGCUUGGAUCCCACCAGGAAUAAAUAUAACAUAUGUAUGCAUUUAUAUUCUUACUCGUCUGGAAUAACAGUUGGCUAUGUUUACCCAUCGAAUCGGGUGGCCAAUCGGCUUA